AUGCCAGUGUUAGAGGGGCUGUGGGCCCCAGAUCUUAGGAUGCGAGACUCUGGUCUUGGUGUCGCGGUCGACGUUAGGGUCUGUCCAGAUGAGGCUUCCCGCUCGCCAGUGUGGGGUCCUCUCAGGACUCCUCCGGUUACUUGUGGGGGUCUGUCGCUGGCCCUGGAACUUCCGGCUCUCAUACGGCAGCUCAGGGCAGCCUGGAGGGGGCGCAGGGGAGGCCCUCGGGGGUCCAAGAGAAGUGAGGCGAGCACUUGGUUGGAAGCAGAGAAGGAGGAGGUAGAGGAGGUGAAGCAGGACAUAGAGAACAGGAGCUCACAUCUGGAAGCUGAUGGCAGACUGAGCACUGGUCAUGCUGGUGUUUUGCUGGCUGAGAGACGAGGCUCCUACCCGCUGAUUGACCUGCGCAUCCUGAACACCAAUGCCCAGCAGGGGGAGGUAGAGUCUGGCACCAGGAGAAAGGUGAAGCGUCUGCUGAGCUUCCAGAGAUACUGCCAUGCCUCCAGGCUUCUUAGGGGGCUGGUGCCCCACACCCCGGGGUCCCUACACCUGCUAGACGACGACUACCUAGGGCAGGCUGCGCAUAUGCUAUCAAAAGUAGGCGCAUGGAACUUUGACAUUUUCCUCUUCGAUCGUCUUACGAAUGGUAACAGCCUGGUGACUCUGAUGUGCCAUCUCUUCAAUGUCUAUGGUCUCAUUCAUCACUUCCAGCUGGACAUGGUCAAACUGCACAGGUUUCUGGGCAUGGUGCAGGACGACUACCACUCCCAGAAUCCCUAUCACAAUGCUGUUCAUGCAGCAGAUGUCACUCAAGCCAUGUACUGCUACCUGAAGGAGCCCAAGCUGGCAGAGCAGCUGAGCCCUCUGGACGUGUUCCUGGGUCUGAUGGCAGCAGCCGCCCACGAUGUGGACCAUCCCGGAGUCAACCAGCCCUUCCUCAUCAAGACCAGACACCACCUUGCAUCCCUCUAUCAGAACACGUCUGUGCUGGAGAGUCACCACUGGAGAUCCACCGUGGGCAUGCUGCGAGAGUCAGGACUGCUGUCCCACCUGCCUGCUGACAUGUCGCAGGACAUGGAGCAGCAGCUGGGCUCUCUCAUCCUGGCUACAGACAUCAGCCGGCAGAACGAGUUCCUGUUGACCUUCAGAGAACAUGUGGACAACCAGGAUCUGGACCUUCAACUGGCUUCACACAGGCACUUUAUUCUGCAGAUUGCUCUAAAGUGUGCAGACAUCUGUAACCCGUGUCGGGUUUGGGAGCUGAGCAGACAGUGGAGCGAGAGGGUAUGUGAGGAAUUCUACAGGCAGGGUGACCUGGAGAGAAAGUUUGACUUGGAGAUCAGUCCUCUGUGUAACCAGCAGGCUGACUCUAUCCCAGCCAUCCAGAUAGGUUUUAUCUCCUACAUUGUGGAGCCUCUGUUUGAGGAGUGGCACCGCUUCACCGAGCCCAGCCUGCUCAGCCAGAGCAUGAUGGGUCACUUGCACAAGAACAAGGCUCACUGGAGCCGCCUACGAUACGCACAGGCAACUCUAGACACGCAAACACACUCCCAUGCUGAUGAGCCUGAGCCUGAAGUAGGAGGCGGAGAGGGAGAAAACAUCCCUUAAUCCUCCUCUUGUGUCAUGGGGUAUUUCAUAUUCCUUUGUAAAUGGAGAAGAGGAGCGCUUAUCAACCUCCUUGUCUGUCCUCCAGCAUAUUUCCUCCCACUCCUCGGCGUUGGCAGGCUCUGAAAGCAGGAGCACAGGACAGGAGUCUGACCUGGAUUAGUGAGAAAUGGCUCCCUCUGCUGGAGCGGAGGACUUUAGCACGGCAGGAAAAAAAAACAGAUCCACGGUGGAUCAGACGGUGGAUGAUCUUAGUAAAUAAAUGCCAAUUUGACAAAGUCAAGCCUUGCUCUUUAACCCUGUGAUAUCUGCUUUAAAGUUACUGAGACGCAGGAAUAGAAUUGAACGGUUAUGGCUGAUGGCAGAAGAAGGAUCAGUAAAAACAAAUAUUAAUGUGUUUGCACAAUGCUGCUAGAACAAUAAAGAAAAGCCAAAAUUAUAUACAAUUCUAACAAGUCAGCUGGACUGUGCUGGAAAAAAAUGUUAUAAAAUAUAUGAAUAUAUCAACUAGGCUAUGCUUUUUAAACUUUUAGACAAUACAUAUUAAGCUUUUUUCACUUUUUCUCUUUUUUUUGUACAGCUUGCACUUCUAUUGGAUACUCUUUCAAACAAGUGUCUCACUUGUCUACUUUUCACUGGAGUGCGUUUUAACUCGAGCACUAAGUUGAUAUGUCAAGGUAUUGUAGUCAAUAACAUGUAUUUUGUGUUAAUUGUUGGACCUGUCAGACUGACUGAUACGCUUAAUGACUGUCACAGAGUGGCUUCAGCUGGUGCUGCUGAGUUGCUUGAACUCAGAUUAUCAACCAUCAGCCUGAUGUUUUUGGACCCGGGCUGACUCACUGACGUGGAGAACACAAACAAGAGCCUUUUUUUUUUUUCCUUUUUUUUUUCUUUCAUGUAAUGAUAUAAACAGUAUAAUCUGUACGCGAUAUGUGAUGUACGACCUCAGCACUUCACAUGCCAAAGUCUGGGAAAUGUAUUCAUCUUUUUACUGGGUAUGGAUAUCGGUAAACAUAACUCUCCUUACACUGGUGUUACCUUUGUAACAACUUCAUGGGUGCAUUUAUUUAUCUGAUAACCUCACUUCACAAGCUCAAAUACAGUAAAGCCUUAACAGCAACUAGGUCUGUCUGUGAAACACGUUUUCUAAUGGUGUUUUACCAUUUUCUGGACAAGCUUUCUUACACGAUCAAACUGUUGUUGCCUGUUUUUCUUCAGCUAUACCAGCAUACUGAAAUAUACACACACACACACACACGCACACAUAGUACUUUAGCAGCUGGUUUCCUGUCUGAUCUCUCAACCAGUAUUAGGGUCAGAUUGGAUCAUAAACUCAGUGAGCAUUGUCAAGGUACUGGUCUGAUACAUGGACUCACUGCUCUGUUUAGGGGUGGGAAUUGAUAAGAUUUUUUUGAUACCAAGGCCACUAUCAAAUCUGCUUAUCGGUCCGAUUCUUUAUCGAUUCCCUUAACGAUUCUUGAUCAGUUUUCUGUGCGGGGGAAAAAAAGGAGGUCUACACAGGUUUUCGGCGUCAAUGCAACUGUUUUAUUAUCUCUGAGUCUGAACACAGAGUAGGAAAAAAGGCAUGUGUGUGACUCAGGUGUGCAAUAGCUCCACUGUUUAACUGCUGUUUUCAUUUAGGUUUUCUCAGUCAAAGGAAAAAUCUGCUAAAUCUGCCUGCGUGGUGCUAAUGUUAUUAUAACAUAGGAUAUUUACCCUUGGUAACCAACCCUUACUUGAAAUUACCAUUUUAAUGGAGAGUACAACUAACACGGUCCUCACCACACCUUGGCCGCCAUGACUCGUCAGCGCAGACGCAUGAGUUUGAUGUCGUUGUAUUGCGGUGAACAACUGUCAGAAAACCCUGCCAGCAUCGAUAAGAGGAAUUGAUAAGCUCUGAAGCAUACGAUUCCGAUGGUUUUUAGACAAUUUGGAACCGGUUCCCCAACUGGAACCAGUUCUCGAUUCCUAUCCCUUCAGCUAUGUUACCUCUCUAAGGCUUUUAUAUUGCUUUGUUUGUACACUUGCCGCAGGCACUGUUUGCACUGUAUCUUAUGAACAGACUCGGGCCAAUUAGUAACUACAGAUAUUUCUAAGUCUAAUAUCAAAUUUGUUAUAUCCCGCAGUCAGUAUCAAUUCAAUUAAGAUGUUUGUUACAGAAAAGUAUACACCCUCAUUCAUUAUUAAAAAUAUGUAUAAUCAUUGACUAAAGUUGCAUUUUUAAAUAUAAUCUUAAUGGUGAAACUGAUCCAUAUGUAGCUGAUGUAGCUUAAAACAAGGCGUAUAAAGUGUUUGUACAUACUAGUUGGUCCAAGUGAAA